AUGUCGCUGGAGAGCGAGGAACUUGUCUCGCUGGCCAUCCAGACCAUGUCUGACUGGGUGUCUGCCAACGGCUGGAUAUUCGAGGGUAAUUACAAGACCGACACAUCUACCUUGUACAUGUUGUUUGAUGCAUUGACCAUCUCGAUGGGCGGUAAAGAUCCAAAUGAGGAGAUCUCAUCCAACUCGUCAAUGAGCAGUCAAACGUCGAUCAGCUACCUCUCCUCCUCUGGUCAAGGCACUCCCACCCCUCCUCCCACAACUGGCAAGGAUCAAGAUAAAGAAACAUCUGCUGGAAAGGACAAGGACAAAGACAAGGAAAAGGACAAGGAGGAGGCACCACCCAAAGUGCGUAAAUUGGCCAACCCAGCUCGUGUUCCUGCCAAAGUACGCGAGUCGGCACAGACUGCACUUCAGACGGUCUUGACUCGUAUGGGUAACUACCCCAACCCGUACAACGCCAACCAAAUGGACACAUCAUCCACCUUUGUCGAGGUGGAUAUUGUCGAGCAGAUUAGAGAGCGUGCCAAGCUUGCUGGCGAGCCUGAUUUCCCUGUCGAACAGUGUAUCCGUUUCUACACCAUCGAGGGUAUCAAGUUGAUGACUCUUAUCGACCAGCCAUUUGGCAAUGAGCAGUCUGGCGGCCAACCAUUCUCAACCAUCAUCAUCCGUGACAGCACAGGUCGCUAUGUCAUCAAUACUGACCUAUCUUUGGUGGCACUGCGUCCCAAGCUCGACGGACUCACCCCUCCCCUUGCCGACGACCAAGUCAUGUCUGAUGGCGAGGGUGGCGGUCAAGACGAGUUUGUACCAACACUCGCCGGAUCGGGUCAAGGCGGCGCUGCCUACAAAGACCAGUCACAGACCACCGGCCUGCUCGCUACUGCCAGCAACCAACCUUAUAUCAGCAAAUACGCAGACAAUUGCGAGCAGUUUGACGACAUUACCAACUAUUUGUCACGUCAUCCCGACGAGCAAUACACCAAGUACAUCCAAGACUUGGUCGCCAGCGAGAGCAAGUCGUUGCAAGAGUGUCAGUACGGGCUCAACUUUGCCAUUGCAGUCAGCUCACAAGUACUUGGUAAUAGGUAUGCGGGUGACUGCAAGUUCCAGCAGUCGCGUAUGCUACUUGCAUCACUUGGAUUUUUCAACCUUGAAAACAAGGGACGUCUGUGUCCGAUGGACAAUACAUCGUCGUUUUACCAGUCGUUGCGUAGUCUUGACUCGGUCUCUGAGCGUGUGCAAUCGCGUGUAGCAGUCUACUACGCCAAGCGUGGCGACAUUACCGAAGAGGACGUCAUUGCCAACCAGACCGCCAACACCUCGCACGAUUACCGUGAGUUUGUCGCGUCGCUAGGCUGGACGGUCGAUGUUGAGAAACACUCUGGUUACCUCGGCGGGCUAGACCGUCGUUUCUCGAGUGGUCGUGUCGCACAGUACUAUGCCACAUCGACCAAAGAGAUGGCAUUCCACGUCGCAUCACUCAUGCCCCACCAAGAUUCAGUCAACCCACUCGAACAAAAGAAAAAGAUACUAUCGCGUUCACAAAUGUCGGUUGUCUGGUGCGAGUCCAUUGAAGACUAUGAAAAGGAGCUGCGUCCAAAGGCCGACCUCCUCUCCAAAUACUCGUUCCAACUGGCUGUCGAACCAAAGGCCAGCGGUCUGUUCCGCAUUAAAACCAUCCAUAGCAACUCGCAGAGUAAGAUCUCGUUUGGACCAGUACUCGAGGAGAUGACCGUCUCCAAGCAUAUCCUGGCACCACUCAUCAAGGCGACACUUGGAAAUGCCAACAACUACCUGCUGGCAUCUGAACAUCGUCUCAUCCACCCAUUCGCACAGCGUCGUCGUCUUAUUGCCGAUAUCUCUGACUCGUUCCGGUCCGAGCUACGUGUCAUGCAAAACUUCCAAAAUGUAUUCCUGCCACUCGAAGAAGACAGGUUGUAUCGUCCCCCACCCAUCCCACUCAUAUCCAGUGACGACGUUCCCAUCUUUAAGCCGGUCCGUCCCACCAACAAGCAACGUCCCAUCUCUGUCCAACUGUCCUCGCCCAUCAUCCCCAUCCAACCACUCAGUCUCUCGUCAACCGGUGCUGUCACGUCUGGAGGCGGCAACCCCCGUAUCAUGCCAACACCUCCCGUCCAAAUCAACAAAACAAACACCUCACCAUCCAUGCAACCUCUUGGAUCACCUUCCUCCAAGAAUUGGGGUGGCCUCAAACCAACCUCACCCGUCGCAUCAUCCACCAAUCAAACCAUUUCCAAUCCAAACAAUCCAUCUCCAGGUCUCCGAGGUAACUUUUUAACAAGAAAUCGUUCAAUUAAUUUAUCAGAUGAUCAAUCUCAAUCACCACAAUAA